GCCGGAGCGCAGUCCCGGGACGCGGGAUGCUCCGCGCUCAGCCUCGCGGCCCUUGAGGCCUCGCUCCUUCCUCGCCACCUCGCCACCUCGUCCGGCCCGGGGCCGCUGAGUCGCCAGUCCCCAGAGAUUCUAAUUUCAGGUGUUUUUGGAAAAAAAAAUCACAAUUUGGAUGUGAGAAAGGACAUGAGGAGACUAAAGACCUGGGAUUUUGCUGAUCAGAAUGAAACCAAUGUUGAAAGACUUUUCAAAUCUAUUGUUGGUGGUGCUCUGUGACUAUGUCCUUGGAGAAGCUGAGUGUCUCUUCUUGGGAAAUCCAGGCCAUGUAGCUCUAAGCAACAGCACCGUGUCAGUGGAUUUCCAGUAUGUAGAUGGAGCCAACGGGACGCUGAGGAAUGUGUCUGUCCUGCUGUUGGAGGCCAACACCAACCAGACUCUUACCACCAAGUACCUCCUGACCAACCAGUCACAGGGAACACUGGAGUUUGAGUGCUUCUACUUCAAGGAGGCUGGUGACUACAGGUUCAUGAUGACUCCGGAAGGGGCGGACAACAGUACUACAGCCCCCUGGGGGGAGAAAAGUGUCUUCCUGAAGGUGGAAUGGCCUGUCUUUCACGUUGACUUGAAUAGGACAUCCCGGGCAGCAGAAGGCACCUUCCAGGUGGGCCUUUUUACCAGUCAGCCACUGUGCCUGUUUCCUGUGGACAAACCCGAUAUGUUGGUGGAUGUCAUCUUCACCAACAGUCUUCCUGAGGCUAGAACAGGUCCAGGACAGCCACUGGAGAUAAGAACCAGCAAAAGGGCAGAACUCACUCAAGGUCAGUGGGUUGAGUUUGGUUGUGCACCUGUGGGGCCGGAGGCCUAUGUCACCGUGGUGCUGAAGCUGCGUGGCCGAGACUCAGUUAUCACUUCCAGAGGACCCAUUGACCUGGCUCAGAAAUUCGGAUACAAAUUGGUGAUGGUGCCAGAACUCACGUGUGAGUCUGGAGUGGAGGUGAUGGUCCUGCCCCCGCCAUGUGUCUUUGUCCAAGGAGUGGUGGCUGUCUUCAAGGAGGCUCCCAGACGCCCCGGGGAGAGGACCGUUCAGCUGGCUGAAAACAGCUUGCCCCUGGGAGAGAGGAGAACAGUGUUUAACUGCACUUUGUUUGACAUGGGCAAGAAUAAAUAUUGCUUUAACUUUGGCGUUUCAAGGAGAAGCCAUUUUUCUGCAAAGGAAAAGGAAUGCAUGCUAAUUCAGAGAAAUAUAGAAACUUGGGGACUGUGGCAGCCCUGGAGCCAAUGUAGCACUACAUGUGGGGAUGGUGUCAGAGAACGUCGCCGAGUGUGUCUCACUUCCUUCCCCUCCAGACCUGGCUGCCCUGGAAUGUCCUCGGAGGCCUCCCCAUGUUCCCUGGAGGAGUGUGCUGCUUUCCGGCCAUCCAGCCCGUCUCCUCUUCCGCCACAGGGUUCGGCGAAGUCCAACAACAUUGUGACCGUCACUGGGAUAUCCCUGUGCUUGUUCAUCAUCAUUGCCACCGUCCUCAUCACGCUGUGGAGGAGGUUUGGCCGGCCCCCCAAAUGCAGCACCCCAGCUCGGCACAACUCCAUUCAUUCCCCCAGCUUCCGGAAGAACUCAGACGAGGAGAACAUCUGCGAGCUGAGCGAGCAGCGUGGAAGCUUCUCAGAUGGGGGUGAUGGGCCUGGGGGGAGCCCAGGGGACACGGGCAUCCCUCUGACCUACAGGUGCAGUGUGCAGGUGACUCCGGAGGACGAUGCCUCUGGCAGUGAGAGCUUUCAGUCCAAUGCGCAGAAGAUAAUCCCCCCCCUGUUCAGCUACCGCCUUGCCCAACAGCAGCUGAAGGAGAUGAAGAAGAAAGGUCUGACGGAAACCACCAAAGUGUACCAUGUGUCUCAGAGUCCCCUGACAGACACUGCCAUCGACUCUGCUGCCAGCCCCCCCUUAGAUUUGGAAAGCCCCGAAGAAGCUGCAGCAAGUAAGUUCCGGAUCAAGUCUCCAUUUCUGGACCAGCCCAUGGUGAGUGGUGGGGAAAGGCCCCCCUCCAGGCUGGAUUUCAGCAUGUCUCAGGCCAGCUGUGCCAUCAGCCCCAGCCAGACCCUGAUCCGCAAGUCACAGUUGAGGCACACAGGUGGCCGAGGGGCCUCAUCGGAAAGGAGCCACCCCAGGAACUCUCAUUUCAGGAGGACGGCUAGUUUUCAUGAAACCAAGCAACCCCGGCCAUUCCGGGAGAGGAGCAUGUCCACUCUGACUCCACGGCAGGCCCCCACCUACAGUGCUAGGAUGCGUACCUGGGACCAGGGAGAGGACAGGCUUAGGCCUCCAAGUCGAGGUGCUCACCUGCUUCCUGAGAAACUGGAGCAUUUCCAAGGAGCAGGGGGAACCAGUGGUCCAUUGAGCCCUAUACCUAAACCCUACACCAUGGGGCAUCCUGCGAGGAAAUCAGACCCGGGGGAUCGCCAGGCAGGAUUAGUGGCAGGAGUUGAGAGAACAGAGCCUCACAGAGCUCGGAGGGGACCAUCCCCCAGUCACAGGAGUGUCUCAAGGAAGCAAUCUUCCCCCACUUCUCCCAAAGAUAGCUACCAGAGGGUCAGUCCACUGAGCCCUUCUCAGUGUAGGAAAGACAAGUGUCAGAGCUUCCCAGCCCACCCUGAGUUCGCCUUCUAUGACAACACAUCGUUUGGCCUCACUGAGGCUGAGCAGAGGAUGCUGGACCUCCCAGGAUAUUUUGGCUCAAAUGAAGAGGAUGAAACCACAAGUACCCUUAGUGUGGAGAAGCUGGUGAUUUAGGUCAAGAAUCUGCCUGAGACUACACAGCAGGCAUCCUUUACCCAGGUUGCAUUAUCAGCUGCUCCCAUAGCUCCAUGGACUAUUUCGUGUAACGGUUUGUGAGACAGAUUGUGGGGAGGAAGUUGCUCACACAGAGCAACUAUGCCUGUGUUUUAAUUCAUAAGGAAGAAAUUAUUGAUCCUGAACGUUUCCUUUUGCUACUCUAUUUCUAUUGGCUUAUUACUAAUAGUAAUAAUAAAAUUUACACUAAAGCAAAUAGGGCUUAGCCUGUCAUGUGGAUAUGAAAGAUGACGAGAUGAGCAUCAUGUUCUUUGAACACUGCACUGCAAGUUUCCAGCUUGAAGCGGAUAUCUAGAAGGCUUAAUUCAUCAGUGCUGGAGUAAAGCUGGCUUGGUAUCACAAUUCUGAAUUCUAAUUUUUUAAGUUAUAAAUAUAUAAGCAUUUGGCUCCUGCAGGAGCAACAUUGAACAGGUUUUGUAUCUGGCUAAUUGAGUUAAUUAUGACCAUUAAACCACCAAGCUACCUAGAAAUAUUGACCCUACAAGAUAUUUCAGAAGAACUUGCAGGAUAGGUUUGCAGGAUAUCUUAAUAUUAUUUAAUGCAAUGAAGAAUUCAUUUGACUUGACAAAAUCGUGUGAAUUAAUCCUGCUUUAGAGAAAUAACAUAACAAUUUGAUUGUUUAGGUGGUGAGUCAGAUGAAGACCUAUCCAUCAUUGUUCUGAGAAAAUAGUAAACAUUUUGGAAAGGAAAGCAUUAUUUCCUGAGAAAACAUCUGUUGGAAAAUGGGCAGUAGGUACUGACCAGGAACACUUCCUGGCACCAGAGUGCUGGCUGUAUGUUCCUGGUCCAAACUGACUGCAGAGAAUGCAUUUCAGGUAUAUAGAAAGCAGGUAGACCUGUUUAUGAUUUUUACAGUUUAAGCUUUUUUUUAAUUAGAAAAAAAGUAAUAAUGAGAGAAAAGAAAUCUUUUUAGAAAUUUAGAAUCAUUUUUAUAUGCUUAUUCAAUCUUCUUACCACAUUUUACAGAUGAGGAAUUUGAGGGAGCAAAAGUAAUUACCAGGACUGGAUAGAACAUAGACUGAUACUUUAUCCCAAAUGCCAUACUCUUUGCACUCUGUCAUCAGCCUUUGUGUCAUGGGAGAAGAAAUGUCUCCGGAGAACGGUCCAAGAAGUUCCAGAGAGAAGGGGGGACUUGACUCAGGACCAGCCUGAUUCUUGGCAUGUGUGAUGGAAAGAUUUUCAGCAUUAGCCAGAUAAAGGUAUAUACAAGGUUUAUUUAGGAGAGUAGAUACAUAUUCAAGGGAGAAUGUGGGCUAUCUUCAGAGGGAGAGACAGCAACCCCUUGUUGUGGGGUGUUAAUAUUUCUAGAGGGACGGUUGCUGGGGGCUGGACUAGAUGUGGAGCCAGGGUGGAGUUAUACAGUUUCACGCCAGUUUUCCCUGUUCUAGUGCAUUUCUCUCAUUUUACAAGGGCCUGGGCCAAGAGUAGGUCAUUUAGGAGUCACAAUUUUUUCUGAGCACUUUCUGCAUCUCAGUGACUCAUAGGUUUUUUUUUUUUUUUUUUUUUUAAGACUCAGUAUAUCUCUUUUUUUAUCCUAAAUCCCUGUCUCAUUCGCAAGUCUUCUCCAGUAGCAGAAACUUCAGAGAAAGCCAGCCUUUUUGGCUGUAAGAGGUUAGAAAGUGAUGCUUCUGCUAGCUUUCCCCAAAGGAUGAAGGUUUUCUGAUGCUCAAUGAGAUGUUAGGACUAGUCUUGCAGCUUGCUUUGUUUGAAAGCAAGGACUGCACAAAAGAACCUAAAGGCGGGCCUCUCCUCUGGAAGACUGUCAUCAGGUACCAUGCAGCCACUGGAAUAGUGGCACUUUCCGUCUUUUCCAUGGGGACCUCCCUAACACCAAACCUGUCCUGCCUCUGUUCCUUCUUUUAGAGCUAAUCAGGAUGUCAGCCUGCUGGUGAGGUUUCAGGAUCACUGGAGAGAGUGGAAUUAGAUGGGAAAAUUUUUUGGAAUGCCAACACUUCAGCUUUAAAAGCUUCUCUCAUACUUGUUGCACUGAAACUUCGUUUGUGCCAUUUUUAUUGAAAAAUAAAAUGUGGUUUGGAAAUGCUUUAAUAAUAACUUUACCUUUCAGGAAUAGGAGGGGUAGAUUAUUCAGAGCUGUCUGACAGCUGGUAUGUGCUGAUGCAAAGAAGAGGAAACCAAGCUUUUUAAUCUCCAUUUUCUUUGUUUAUCAUAGUAGAAAGCUUUGUUCUUUUUCCAAGUCCACAGGCCUGUGUGCCAACCUUUGAACACAAAGGGUACGUGCUCACCCAUUCCAGAUUUUACAGUGAAUUGCCACAGUCAUAGGAUAGGUAGAAAUUAGAAACACUAUGAACAGAAAACUUUUUCUUUGAAAUUAUGUUCUUACCCAGUAUAUUCUACAUCUAAAUUAAUACCACAGUGAACUAACAUCAGCAAAUAACAUGUUCACCAUCUACUGAGCCCAGUUUUCUGGGUCUCUUGAUCCAGAGUCAGUCUUUAUAUUUUCAAGUUAAUCAGUUGACCUCUGCCUCUGAGAGAGAGAAAAGAAUUUGCUUCAGUGUUCUUUGGUGGAUAUGUGGUAAAUUAUAUUAGAAAUGAUCUAUUUUUCACCAUUGUGCUCCUAGAUAUACUAGCCACAGUGGCUACUAAAAAUAAAGGAGUUCCAGUGGCUUAGACAAAGUGGAAUGAAGGGAAGGGGUGGAAUGGGAAUAAGGAAGACAGUAGACUGAAUUGGACACAUCUUUCCUACAUUGAUAUAUGAAUACACCACCAGUGAAACUCCAUAGCAUGUAUAACCACAAGAAUGGGAUUCUAAUUAGAAUAAGUUACACUCCAUGAAUAUAUAAUAUGUCAAAAUGCACUCUACUGUCAUGUAUAUCUAAAAAGAAGAAAUUAAAAAGUA